CAAGGGCCAGUCUCCCAAGGGGUGCGAGUGGAAGGUCCGGGCGGUGCGACCCCAGCGCCGCCUCGGCUGGCAGGGCACUGAGCCCGCUUGGGCGUGCGACUGUCCUUCUGUGAGGGGGCGCCUGAGGAAAAGGAUGCCAACCCCACAGAAACCCUCAGACUGCCUAGCGCUGGCCCUCAGUCCCAGCCACUUGAGAAAUCAUAGCAACACAACCAGCAGCAGCAGCAGCAGCAGCAGCAGCAGCAGCAGCAGCAGCAGCAGCAGCAGCAGCAGCAGCAGCAGCAGCAGCAGCAGCAGCAGCAGCAGCAGCAGCAGCAGCAGCAGCAGCAGCAGCAGCAGCAGCAGCAGCAGCAGCAGCAGCAGCAGCAGCAGCAGCAGCAGCAGCCGCCUUCUCAGGCCCUCUCCAGAGUCCCCAGAAUUAAACUGUCUGCAGCUGGCAAAAUCUCACCCCUCCUGGAGCACGAGGCAAAUCACAGUCAGCAGCUGUGGAGUCUGAAGCAGCCCCGUAUCCCACACCUGGGAUUAAAAUGGAACCAUAGUCACAGAACAUAACUGGGUUGUUAAAUAAAACUCACUACACAUGGUCUCUCCAUAGCCCUACAUCUCCUGGAACUCACUCUGUAGACCAAGCUGACCUUGAACUCAACAGAGAUCCACCUGCCUCUGCCUCCUGGGCGCUAGGACAAACCGUGUGUGCCAUCACACUGGGCUAAAGCAGAAUAUUCUUUCAGCUGCCAGUACUACACUUGAUCUUAGCCAAACGGCCGAGAAGCGAUCAGCUGCCAGUACUCUGACUUGACCGUUCUUACUGAGACGGCUCAGUGGGUAAAGGUGCCUCCACCCCUGGGCCUAUACCAUAAAGUGGGGGGACCCCUGAAGGCUGUCCCUGACCUCCAUGGAGGCUAUGACAAUCACGCGCAGACAAAACUGGAAUUACUAGAUAGACGUGACUAAAGUAAUCUGGGGUUGGGGAUGUGGCUCCAUUGGUAGAACAACGGAGUCCGACGUGCAUGAAGCCCCGAGUUCAAGUUCGAGCACCACGAACGAGCACAGUGACAGUUAUGUAAUCCUGGCAAAAACUUCUUGGUCAUCCUUGGCUACAUACACAUUUGUGUCCAGCCUGAACUACCUAAGUCCCUGACUCAGAAAAAGAAAGAAAGAAGAAGAUAAAAAAAAAAAAAGGGGGAAAUACAGUUACUUAAAAGAAAAUUACUAUCCAAGGCUACAUAGCGAGAUGCUUUUUAAAGAGAAAAAACUAAAGGGCAUUAGUUUUAUGGGGAGAUCACGUAGGGAUGUCAGUGAAGAACUGGGAGUCAGCUUCUACCAUUUAGGGUCCAGUGAUCAAACCGAAGUCCAGGCUCGGUGGCAGAUAUCAUUCACCCGCUGAGCCAAGGCCGGGUCACACUGCUCUGGCUGGACACGUGUUAGGGACUCCUGCUGCCUUGGCCUCCCCAGUGCUGGGGUUACAGCUGUGCACCACCACGCUUGGCUGGAAAGGUUCUUCACUCAUGAGUUCAGAUCCGUUCCUGGCCAGGAAAGGUUGGCAGAGCCGAGCUCUCCACACCACAGUGCCUUGGCAGCAGGGAGCACAGAUGCCUGUGCCCUCUGCCUUACUCUCUCUCUCUCUGCCUCCUUGUUUCCUUUUCCUUUUCCUGUUAACUGGGUUUAACCCCAGCCCAUUCACAUGAUAGGCAAGAAGCCCACCUACAUGAAGGUCGCCCCUCUUACAUUCCACCUGGGUUCAUCUUCUCUGGAAACACCUUCACAGACACUGAGCUGUCCUUUACUAAGGCCCUAUGCCUUCCUCUGUCCAAUCAGAUGACAGAAGGUUAAGAAUCACAAAUAAGCCUGGGGAGGUUGCCUGGCAACCGGAGCACCUACUGCCUCUGCAGAGGAUGUGGGUUUGGUUCACACACACACACACACACACACACACACACACACACACACACACACACGUGGCUCACAAAUAAACACACAUACAUGUAAAAGUAAAAACUGAAAGAAUCAGUGAUGAUAGAAGAGGCAUAGAGAUGGAAAAUGUCAUGGUAGUUAGGAAGUCUGUGUGCUUCUGUGUGGUGGGCUCUUGGGGGCUUUACUGUGACACCAGCAGCAGUUCCAGAGGAUCCAGAAAUGACCGAUGCUUGGUCUGUCUGUCUGUCUGUCUGACAGGGGGCUCUAAUUAUCCCUGAACAGAAGACAUCUGAGCCCCCUCUCUCCUUUUCUCUCAUGGAAUCCCCCUACUCUCCACAGUAAAUGGAGCCCCUCUAAGUGCCAAUCCAAAUGGUACCAGAGCCAACAUGGUGGCAUAGGCAUGUACUCGUAACACCUGGAGGGUGGACACAGGAGAAGCAGCAGCUCCAUCCAUCCUAGCUACAUUAGGAAGUGUGAGGCCAGCAGUCUACCUAAUAAAGGACGUCCCCACCCAAGUAGUGUGUGUGUGUGUGUGUGUGUGUGUGUGUGUGUGUGUGAGCAUUGGGCAAAGUGAACAUAGUGGUAUGCUUGUAAUUCCAGCACUGGGGGGCAGAGGCAAGAAGAUCAGAAAUUCAAGAUGAUCUUCCCUACAUUAGUUAAGGCUGGCCUGGAUUGAGACCCAGUCUCAGAGGAGCAGCUGGGUGGGGAGUAUGGUUCAUUGGUUAAGGGAGCUUGCUGCACAGAUAUGGGGACUGGAAUGUGAAUCACCACAACCACAUGUCAAGCUAAGUGUGGCCCUACAUGCUUGUGACCCUACAUACAUGUGAGCCUACAUGCCUGUGACCCUUAAAAUGAAUACAAAAGAGACAAAAAGGACGCAGAGGCUUGAAACUGUGAGUUCCAGGUUCUGGGACAGACCCUGUCUCAAAGGAGAAAGGCAGAGAAUGCAUUCUUCCUUUGGCCAUAGGCACACGCAAGCACACACAGGAAAAUAGCUGUUUCUAAGUCACGCUUGAUAGCCUUGGCCUAUAAUCCAGCAUUCUGGAGGCAGAGGGCCAGCCCUACCUUAACUACAGAGGAGCUUCCCUAAGGAAAAAGAAACGUGGGGUGUGAUGGCCCCAUCUUUCAGCAGGAUCUCUGUAAGUCCAAGGCCAGCAUGGUCUACAUACGAAGCUCCACAGUUACACCUUUGUCUCAAAAGUACAGGAAAGGCAGCAUAUGUCUUACCUUCCCCCUUCUGUUUUCUAAAAUCAUUUAUUUUUGGCGUGGGGGCAGUGCUCAUGAGCCUUGUCUCUCUUGUGAAGUCAGGACAACUGUGUGGGGCUGGUUCUCUCCUUCAGUCUGUAUGGACUUCCUGGAGAUCACCUUCUGGUUCUCCAGCUUGUACUGCAAGCACCUUUACCCUGGAACCAUCUUCCUUGCCCUGUUUAAAUCUCAUCUUCUAAGAAGGGGCGGGGGUGUCCUAAGACCUGGAAGUCUUAUACUUUCAGUCAGAUUUCCUGAGUCCAUUCUUUUUCCUGGGAUAGGGGGAACCUAGGGCCUUUCUCUUCCUAGCCAAUGGCUCUACCACUGAGCUACAUCCCUAGCCCUAGACAGUGAAUUGGAUGCUGAAGCUGGAAUAGGGAACAGGAAAGGCAGGACACACACGCAGACACUCACCAGGAAGGACAAUCCCUCUGGGAAAAGCACAAGGCGAACUUCACAGAGGAAAUCUACAUGGUGGUGAGAGGCAAACGGGAACUCAGGGGAAGGAGCCACUUCAGCUGAUACCUAAUUAGAUAGGGCUAAUUAGAUAAUUAAAUGGCUCAGUUGGUAGAAUCUUUGCCUAGUAUUCACAAGGCCCUGGCUCAAUUCCUGUACCCCUUAAAACUGGGUUUGGUGGCCCAUGCCUAAAAUUCCAGUACUUGAUGUGUGGGAGCAGGAAGAUCAGGAAUUCAGGGUAAUCCUCAGCUGUGCAGCUCUGAGUAAAUAGAGAGGGUCCCCCUGGGACUGGAAAGAUAGCUCAGCCAUUGUGUUCUUCUGAGGACCCAGGUUCAAUUCCCAUCACCCACAUGGUAGUUUACAACUCUUUGAAAUCCUAGACCCAGGGGAUCCAAUGCCCUCUCCUGGCCUCUCUGAGCACCAGGCACGGAUGUGGGUGUGGCACACAGACAUACAACCAAACGCCCAUAAACAUUUUUAAAAAGGAAGAAAACGAGGAGAGUCUCAAACACAGCUGUUGUGAGGGGUGCCCCGGCGAGCAGAGGCCAGCACCCACACACUGCUGCUGUCUCUUUUUAUUUACCUUACUGGGGAGGAGGGAGUUUACACAGGAUCUCAUGUAGCUCAGGCUAGCCUUGGAGCCAUCUAUCCAAAGCUGGUCUUGAAUUGCUGAUCCUUCAGUUCGCAUCUCCCAAGUGCUCUGACUCCCUCCCUUAGCCUGCUGGGGAUCAAACAGACGGGCUCUGGCCUCGCUUAUACCGAGCAGAUGCUCUAUUGACUGAGCAGUAGCUGCCACUGAGCUACACUCCUACUCUGUGUGCUUUAGACACACAGCCCUUUAAUGUAAACAUGACCAAUCGAGCCUGAAUCUAUCAGCAGAGGAGCUCAUGUCUACAUUGCCUGAGUGGGAGGCCAAAGCUGGUAAAACAUCGACCAGUCUCCACAAUCCUGCCGUUGAAAAUGGAGCUAGAAUGGCUCCGUGGCCUGGCCUUUUAGUUAAGACAGAGGGGAAGCCAGAAAGCGCCUUUGACUGACUAACAUAUUUUAAGUGAGGAAGUCCUCAUUACUCUCACUGUUUUCUCUUUGGAGUGGGAUGCCUCUGGGCAGUUUAGUAUAAAAGGGUUUCCCGUGUCAGCCAGUUGUGGUGGUGAACGCCUUCCAUCCCUGCACUCUGGAGGCAGAGACAGGCUGCUCUCCGUGAUUUGAGGCUCCAGCUACAUAAUAGACCCUUCUCAACAAAACGACGGUUCUAGGUUAGAAUGUGGGUGAUGAGAAAAAUGCAGAGAUGUGAGCCGAAAACUUGGGAGUUAUACAACCUGGAAAUUAUUUAAGGGGUUUCAAAAAUAUACUACAGACAUUUUAAGGUUUGAUGGGUCAGCACUAAUCAUCAAGAUUCAUUCAGCAAUGUUAAGUCACACCGUGCUGAGAAUCCGCAAGCGUUCAUCCAUUUAAAUGCUCCCACACACCUAUCAAGUGGUUUCCUCCCCCCCCCCACACCCAGGGCCCACACCCCGAACCCAGGGCCUUGCGCUUCCUAGGUAAGCGCUCUACCACUGAGCUAAAUCCCCAACCCCUGAGGAUCACUUUCUUGUCCAUCAAGAUACUUCUUCCUCUCUAUGAAUAAAUCCUUAACCUGGAACCUUUGCCAAAAUGGAGAGCGUAUCCAAGCAAGAAGCCUCACCUGUACACACUGGACAUUCACCCACAUUCCGGGCUCUCCUUCCUGGAGAUGAUCCCUUUCUGAAUCUCUCCUUCAAUCCUUAGACUAUCGGUAUUUAUAUGGUAUUCUAGGUCAGUACCAGCUACAUAGGGGCUACGGUAUGAGAUAAACAUAUAGUGUCACGUCAUAAAAUUAGGAAACUAACCUGGUGUGAGGGCGCACGGGGGGAGGGGGGGGCGAGAAAGAACUGCGAACCUCAGAUCAACCUGGGUUACCUAGGGAGACCGUGCUAGGGUAGGGUGGGGAGGACACCGCAGAAAAACGAAAAAGAAAGAAAACAGGGUUCAGUGGUAGAACGUAGAACUUGCCUCUCAAGCCCAGGGCCUCCUCAGACACACACGCACGCACGCACUGACAAACUUCGGGAAUGAGACAGCAGAGAUUUAAAGCAAGCCCUACAAUUCUGAGUGCGACUGAAUCAGUGGCUCGCCCUCGCUUUGGUGAACCUCUCUAGGCUCGAGGCCACCUGUCAAAGGCCUUAAAUCGUGCGAACCCCGGGUUGGGGGUGGAAGUGGGCGGCACCUGGGGCGGCGGCUCCUGGUCUUCUAGAACCUGCGAUUCCAGAACACACCCAGGGCUAACCUCAGUGGGCCCUAGCGGAAGACGCCCGCCCUCACAGCCUUCUAGACUGCUGGGUGGUCCGGGAGCCAGCCACUCGACCCGGGCUCCGCCUCCAGGGUGUGUGGGCCUGCACGCGUGCCGCGCAUCGCCUGGGCAACCGACGCCGUGCGCGGUGCAUUGUGGUCUGCAACAAAAUGCGGGAGAAAGAUCCUGAGGGAACCAUUGAAUCCACGGACCAAUAGGGAGAGGCCUGGGGCUGUGAUCAGCCAAUAGCGACGAGUGCCGGGGGCGGGGCCGCGGGCACAGGGCGGGGCCUAGGGAUUAGGCGGCGGCGGCUGGCGUGGGGCUGCUUAGAUGCGCCACGGCUUCGGUAGCGACCGGCUGUCCACUGCUGCUUGAGCGGCGCCAGCACCUUCCCUAGGAGCUCGCAGCAGCCGGCUGGCCCCUGCUCCACGGUAACCAUGUGCGACCGGAAGGCGGUGAUCAAAAAUGCAGACAUGUCGGAAGAGAUGCAACAGGACUCGGUGGAGUGCGCUACUCAGGCGUUGGAGAAGUACAACAUAGAGAAGGAUAUCGCGGCCCAUAUCAAGAAGGAGUUUGACAAGAAGUACAACCCCACCUGGCACUGCAUCGUGGGCCGGAACUUCGGUAGCUACGUGACACACGAGACCAAACACUUCAUCUACUUCUACCUGGGUCAGGUGGCCAUUCUCCUGUUCAAAUCUGGUUAAUAGCAUGGACUGUGCCAAACACCCAGUGAUCCAUCCAAAAACAAGGACUGCAUCCUAAAUUCCAAAUACCAGAGACUGAAUCUUCAGCCUUGCUAAGGGAACACCUCGUUUGAAUCUGUUGUGUUUUGUACAGGGCACCAUUCUCUGUACACGUUUGUGGUUAUAAAAUUAGUAAAACAGCUUACAUUUGUAUUUAUUUUCUAGUCCAUACUUCUGUACCCCCAUUUUUUUCUCCCUUAGGUCAUUCCUUUAAAAUAAAUCUGUUGGAGAUGUA